GUGUGUGUGUAAUUUUGGAGCCAAUCAAGCAGCAAUGGACGCGUUAAUGAAGGGUUUCUCCAAAGCCAAGGAUGGAGUCGUGGCAGCGGCUGAGAAAACCAAGCAGGGAGUGACUGGAGCAGCUGAGAUGACGAAAGACGGGGUGAUGUUUGUAGGAACGAAGACUAUUGAUGGAGUCUCAACAGUUGCAGGUAAAACGGUGUCUGGAGUGUCUCAGGUGGGCGGAGCUAUGGUUACCGGGGUUACAGCUGUGGCCCAGAAAACUGUGGAGGGUGCUGGCAAUAUAGCUGCUGCCACUGGAUUGGUCAAGAAGGAUCCAGCUAAACAAGAGACUGAAGAUGUGGCAGCGUUGCAGGAUGUGGCAGAAUCACCUGUCGACACAGACACUCCUGAUGCUACAGAAGAAGACUCUGAUGAUUAAAACAAUCCAAGUGGAAGAUUUGUGACCAAAACAUUCCAUGUCGCUCUGCCAAGUCCCGUUGUGCCUCGUCUGGUCCUUGAUGAAGUCUGUGCGUGUCAUUGUGUGCUCUUGUGUACCUGUUGUGUGUGUGUGUGCGUUUAUGUCGUAGAGGAGAGGCAUAGGGCGUGUGUCUGUGCCUUUUGCACAUCAGCCCUGAGCUGAGCCUCGGGCCGUGCAGCGCCUGCCACCAGCUGUCGUUCCCAGUGCCUCCCUCCCACUGAGGACACCACCUGGACCCUGUGUCUGUAACAUGUGAGGCUUUCUUAAUAACUCAAAUAUGGAAAUAUACCCCCAAAGCACCUAAGUGUCUCUAUGUAAAUGUACAAUUUAUCUGCUUCAAAGCAAAAUGAUAAUCUAUUUUUACUGGUAUACUGUCACAGUUAAUAAUGUACUAUUAAGUGCUAAGCUAUUAGUGAACUCAUUUUAUUCAGCAGAUAACGCUGCUAAACCAGAAUAUAUCAUAAUGUAUGGCUGUCUGGAAACU